AUGCCGUCUUACCUUAUUACAGGAGUCUCCAAGGGCAUUGGGGAUCCGCAACAGUGGGAAUUCUUCCGCCAGAUCGCCCUCAACCCCAGUAAUACUGUCAUUUGUCUGGUGCGCAACAAGGCAGAAACGGAGAAGAAAGUUGCAGAAGAGUUUCCAACGGGGAAUCAUCUCCAUAUCAUUCAAGGGGAUAUCACGGACUAUGCCUCCCUUCAGAACGCAGUUACCCAAACUAUUGAAAUAACUGGAGGGGGCCUUGAUUAUCUAAUUGCCAAUGCAGGUGUAGUACCUCAUUUUGAUGCAUACGAUCCCAUUGAAGUACUGGGCCAGAAUCCAGCCCUCCUUGAGGAUGAAUGCCUCAACCUCUUCAAGGUCAACGCCAUCGGCAACAUCCACCUCUUCAAUCUCUUCGUCCCGCUUAUCCAGCGUGGAACCGCCAAGAAGGUUUUUGCCAUAUCCAGCGGCCAAGCUUCUUUAGAUAUGAUACCCAGGCUCAAGAUUGAAGUUGCCCCACUAUACUCAAUGAGCAAGGCAGCUCUCAACGUCGCUGUGGCUAAGUUCAGUGCCCAGUAUGCGAAAGAGGGGAUUCUCUUCAUGAGUAUCUGUCCGGGAAUGGUAGAUACGGGCCAUUUUCUUGACGCUACUCCGGAGCAGAUGAAAGGUUUUGGCGCGAUGUUGAGUUCCUUUGCUGAAUAUACACCGAUUUUCAAGGGACCUGCAACGACCACGGCGGCGGUUCAGGAUGUGUUGGCUGUAAUUGAGAAGGCAAGUAUAGAGAAGGGAGAUGGAGGUUCAUUUGUGUCGCAUUAUGGCAAUCAGCAGUGGCUGUGA